AUGAUCGACACAUGUUCCGCUAUACUGCAUCCACACAGCGUCAUCUGUAAAUCAGCAAUGGAGCUUCUAUUUUUGGUUGCACGGAAAACUCCUCAUGAAAGGAUCUGCCAACACAUGCUGAUAUGCGAGUACAAGCAGCUACGAAGCCAAAUAAAGCUCCAAAGCAGCUCCACUGCUGACGAUGUUGAAGCGGCUGCGCUCGAGCUUUUCAACGAAGGUGAUGGUGUUUUCAAUAAGAGUUUUUCAAUAUUGGAUGAAAAUCUCAGACUGAACGCCACCAAUCGACUUCUUGAUCAAAUGACGAAAAUUGCCGGAUAUCCCGAAUUCACUCGGUCAAUCAAAGCCAGCCGUCUACAAGCGAUAUCAAACAAGAUUUUCAAUGCCAUUGAAUACUAUCAUUUGGCAACAACGACGCAAAGUACUUGA